UUUCUUCACAGUAGAAUACCAUGUUAACUAAUAAAGUGGUUUGUUUAAGGUAGUUUCUUAAUAUAUGGAUUAAUCUGUCAUUUAUUGAGAAUUAGUCACAUCAGGCAACCAAUUGGUUCACCAGGAAUAUUGAUUAAAUUUUAUGUCAGAUAAUCAUGUUCAUGAUUCUAAUUAUUUAUUGAGUAUAUGAACAUUUCUAAUUGGAGCAGUCCCAUAACAUUGCAGCCCUAUUAAGCAUGUAAAUAUCUAGUUCAUAUAAAUUCCAUGGUAUUGCGAUUUCAUUUUUUAUUUGUCUUGUAAAUUGCACAGAUAUUAAAUAGAAUUCUUUUUUAUUAGCUUCAAUUACGAUAGGAAAUCACAUGAUUAAAUAUUUAACUAAACAAUGAUAAUGGCUUUAAUUUCAGGACAAUGAUAUAAUUUAAUGCUGAAAGUUAGAUAAUAUACAUAUUUUAAGAAUUGUCAAAAUUGAACAAAACAUUGCAUAGUUAUUGAAAUUUUUGAAUUGAAUGGAAUUUUUUAAAGCUUUGAAAUGGUGUGAAAUUCUUUUUUGUGCAAUAAUGUUUUUAGAGGUUAUCAAAGAAAAAUGCUAAAAUUCAGCUUGAUUUUAAAUUAAUGAAAAUUUUAAAAUAAUUGCUCUGAGACUCACAUUCCCACCUUUCAAUGUAUAUAUAUGCACCAAAAUGAGCUGUUGGUCAAAUGGUUUCAACUGUAGAGUACUGAUACAUAAACACACACAUGCAUUCAUCUCUAUUAGUAGAAUUAUCAUAAUUGAUUAUAUUUACCUGAGAUUCUAUGAGAAAUUCUUAUGCUACAUAUAUCCAAGAUGUUCAAGAAAUGAAAAAAAUAUUAUAAUGAAGCCUUCCUAUUUCUUUAUCAUGAUAUGAGGAACUGUUAUUGAAAUAAUUCUUAUGAAGAUGACACCAGAAGGUUUAGAAUACAUCUAUGUAAAAGAAGUUACUGAGUCUUCUACUGGUGUGAAAGUACGCCUCCUAAAUCCUAUUGUGGUUCGUCUGCGUCAGAAUCAAAUUGUCCUUGCUUAUCCCUUCAAAUAUCUGAGCGCUGUCAAUGGUAAGGCAUCAGAAAUUAUACUCAAUCACGAAAAUAGAAAAAAUUACACUGGUUGUGAUGACACUAGCUCUAUAAAUCCAACUUGUGGUUUGAAAUUUGAAAGAGGAAGAGUUGUCCCCUUCAGUGAGGGAUUCUGUUGCUUUUGUCCUGAAACACCUGUUGAAACAAAACAGACUAGAGGGGAACAAGACUGCUCUCGUCCUGCACCUGAUUUGGAAGCACAAAAGUUGAAAGCCAGUGCUCAUUGCCUUCAUUUUAGUGAUGUUUGGUAUUCAGUCAGUGCUUUAAGUGAUCCAGUUAUCUUUCACGAUAUAUUUUUGCAAGUGUAUAACCAAAGGCAUUUAAUAAAUGGAUCAGCUGUUUGGGUAUCUUUGACACAUGAGGAAGAUUUUGAAUUGAAUUAUAAAAAUACUUCUCAGUAUGAUACAAAUAAAACAAUUGUUGCUUCUUUUUUCACUGAGAGUCCUAAGAAAGGGACCAUACUGAUAUCCUCAGAUGAAAAUCGUUUGCUUAUACCUCAACCAAUGCCAGGUGUGGAGCUAGACAAAUUACCACCAGCUGUAAAGAAUGGUGCAACAGAUUACCUUUUGAUAGACAAAUCAGUAAUAAACCCUGUUGGUGAUGAAUGUGAUAUGGCAGGUGUUUCAUAUAAAGGAUUUGCCAAACAACCUGAUCGUUGUGAUGUUCCCAAAGGAACAUGUUUGAAAAAUCAGCCAUUAGACUUUUGGGAAUCAGAUGAGGUAAAAAGAAAGGCUAAUCAAAAGGGAACUCAUCUUCUUCAAAAUUAUGGUACUCCAUAUAAAGAUCCUAUAAUUAUUGACAAAGAUACCAAAGAUCAUUGGUUAGCCCUUGAAUAUUAUGAUGAACAACGGACUGUGUUGACUAUUGAGUUCGUUGCAGAUCAAAUAACCACUCUCACUCCUGGGAAACAUAUUCAAAUAUCUCAGGUAAUUACUGCAAGUAUGGAAAAGAAAAUCAAAUUUUAUGUGUAUCUUUCUAAUAAAGAUCUUUCACCAGCUUCAUUGUUUGCUAAAGCUAUCGAUUGCGAAUUUGAAGUUCCCGAUUCUACCAAUGUGACCAAUAUAGUCCCUCCACAAAGAACAGAAGAAUUUGUACUUGAGACAGAACCUGGAAAUAUCGAAUUAACUGAAACAUUAAAAUGCACUGUUGUUGCAGGAAGUAGUCUAUAUGAUGUUGUUUCAAAAAGAGAGGUGCUUGUGAAACCACUACGUAGAUGUAUUUGCAAUAUGCAUUGUCUAUGUGCUUGUAUGGGAGAAAGCCUGACUUGUGAACCAAUGGAAGAGGAAGAUUACCAUGCAGCUGGCUUUAGAGGUUCUCUACCAAUAUUAACUGCGAAGCCACCAUAUAGGCCAUGGUUUAUAGCUCAUCCCUUUUUGGCCUUGCUUGCUUUAAUUCUCUUUUUACUUUUAAUUGGUUUAAGUAAAGGCUUAUGUGGUGUUAUGGGCCGCAAGAAUAUAUCCUACUAUGGCCUUGAAAAAUUAAUUUUUGGAAAAAGAAAAAUCAAACAUUAUUUUGAACCUGAUCUGAAGAAAAGGGGUGUUGUAUAUGAUGAAGAAGGCCAUCCUAUUCAUCCUGAUACUAAAAAGCCUGUUCGAGUUUUUAGUGAAGAAAUUAUCUUUGCAAUGAAUGCAUUCUUCUUAUGUUUGUGGCCAUACAUGAAAUUUAUCGAUUGGCUUGCUACUCGCAAAAAAGGAAAUAAAGGUGCUGCUGCUACAUCUGGAAAAAAAGAUGCUACAUCUACGGAUGAUAAAUCUCCUCCACGUCGUUGGUUCAGAAAAAAGAAAGUAAUUGGUAUUGAGAGGGAUUGCCAGCUCAGGUGUCGGCCCCGUCAUCUGACCGUGGUUCAAAUUACGAGGCACUUAGCAUUUUGUUUUCGACCAGGAACUGAUGAGAGUGCACCCGAAACUUCCCCGGUGCAAACGGAUAAUAAGCAGCAUGGAGAUAAAAAACGAAGAGGUAAAAAAUCACCAGAGGGUCCUCAGCAUACUCCAUCUGAGCGGUCUGGUGCAGCUGAUGAAGCUAAAAGACAAGGUAUCAAAUCCGGGCGGUCUUUGAAGAACACACUUAGCGAUAGUGCUUUGGAAUCCGGUCAGUACAAAUCCAAUCCUGAUCUUUCUGUCAUCGGCAAAGAGUUGGCUACUUGGCAAAAAGGUACUCAUAAAAUUCAAGCUGUUAAAAAGUAGGUAUAUUUAACUUUUGGUUA